UCUUUACUUGUUCUUGUAUUUUUGUGGGGGAAGAAAAGUCUUAGCGCUUCGUUGAAGAUCGCUGAUCUCGGUGCAUUUCUUUGCUCGGUCCGGUCAAACUCGAGCUGCGUUAUCGUUGCCGGGUCGCUGACUUUUGUGCACCCCUGCCCCUCUCUCUCUUGUUCCCUCUCCGUUCUUGGCGAUUGAAUCGAGUUGUUCUAGGGUUAUGGUUUCUCGCCUUUGAGCUCGUGCUUUGAUUCCGCCGAUUAUCCACGGAGUUCCGCUCUCGAAGGUUUUCGGCGUCUAGGCAAAUGGAGGCGUCUGGGGGCAAUUCGGACCCGUACAGGGGAUCAUCCGCGACCGGGAGCAGUGGUAGCAGCAGCAGCAGCAGCAGCAGUAAUUCGAGAAGAUACAGCCUAUUAUCGGCUUCGAAUCUCAUACAGUCGCCCAUAUCCACUUUACUGGAGUAUUCGGGUCUGUUAAGAACGAGGCCAAACCAUCUAGAAACUGAGCCUUUGUUCCAUGGAGGGGUCUCUGGAGGUCUUCACGGCCGGGCGGAGGAUUCUACAGUGACGAGCAACGAUGGGGAGGUUUCGAUUCGGAUAAUUGGGGCGGGAGAACAGGAGCAUCAUAGGGAGAGGGCUGGAUUGGUGGUGGGUCAGCAGGCGAGAGAAGCUGGUGCAACAAAUGAGGCAUCUACGCGAUCGUCGGCUGCAAUAGCGGCAGCCGAUGGUCAGGGAGAUGCUAGGAGUGGAGCGGGUGAGGGUGCUUCGCAGCCCGGGAAUGGAGGCGGUGAUUCAGAAGGCGGGGAAGCUAAUGGCAGGGAGUCUUCGUACCAGAGAUAUGAUAUUCAGCAGGCCGCGAGGUGGAUUGAGCAGAUUCUGCCAUUCUCACUGCUCUUGCUGGUGGUCUUCAUCCGGCAGCAUUUGCAAGGAAUUACAGGUUUCUUUGUUACCAUUUGGAUUGCCGCUGUCUUGUUCAAGUCAAAUGAUAUCCUACGGAAGCAAACAGCUCUAAAGGGGGAGAGGAAAAUUUCUUUUCUUAUCGGUAUUUCACUUGCAUUCACACUUCAUAUUGUUGGGGUAUACUGGUGGUACCGCAAUGACGAUCUCUUGUACCCAUUGAUCAUGUUUCCUCCCAAGGGAAUACCCCCUUUUUGGCACGCGAUGUUCGUCAUUGUAGUCAAUGAUACUUUGGUCCGGCAAGCAGCUAUGGUGAUCAAGUGUCUUCUACUAAUAUAUUUCAAAAACAGUCGAGGGCGGAAUUAUCGCAAGCAGGGUCAAAUGCUAACUCUGGUAGAGUAUCUGCUUUUGCUAUACCGUGCGUUACUGCCGACACCUGUCUGGUACAGGUUUUUCUUGAAUAAAGAGUACGGAAGCCUUUUCUCUUCCCUGAUGACUGGGUUGUAUCUGACUUUCAAGCUCACAUCUGUCGUUGAGAAGGUACAGUCCUUUUUUACUGCAUUAAAGGCGUUAUCUCGUAAGGACAUCCACUACGGGGCUUAUGCAACUGCUGAGCAGGUCAAUGUGGCUGGAGAUUUGUGUGCAAUUUGUCAGGAAAAGAUGCAUGCUCCCAUCUUACUUCGCUGCAAGCACAUCUUUUGUGAAGACUGCGUCUCUGAAUGGUUUGAAAGGGAAAGGACAUGCCCGCUGUGCAGGGCUUUGGUGAAACCUGCAGAUCUUAGAUCAUUUGGCGAUGGAUCGACAAGUCUGUUCUUCCAGAUAUUUUAGGAGCUUAUACUGUUAAAAGCCUUGGAGUUUUAUGGAGAAGGCAAAUCCCAGGUACCAUCUUGUUGGCAUCUUCAACCGCAGAGGCAGAUCCUCCAAUAUCUUGCUGUGUCUGAUGUUUGUGUUCCUCUGAGAAAAUCAGAUUGAUUGAAGUAGCCCCGAAUUGCAAACUGGCUAUGUGUUCAUACGUUGUACCGAGUGUACCUAACCUCCGGUAUAGAAGAAAGUAUGUUUCAUAGAAAACAAUCGACAUAUGUAAUUGUACCCAUUUUUCAUCAAUGAAAGCCUUCUUCCAUUUGAACUGA